GCCAUCGAGGCAUCGGCAUGGAGGCCUGCUCUUAGUGGUUUCUGCAAGACAGCUGGUCUUGCGUCUCAUUCGUCGACUCGGGCCAGCGAAGAGUUGCGGCUUGCAUGAAGUGGAUAAUGGCGGUAGCAAUUGAGACUCUGGGACAUGUAGGUGCCCGAGCUCGCGGGUUCAUUCUGUUCCGGCCCUCCUCCUCUCGCUUCUCGCUUGUUUUCUUUUUCUGCUUUUCCUCUUUCUUUCUUUUUUUCUUUCUCUCUCUCCCUCUUCUUUUUUUCCCCCUCUUCCUAGUCUCUUACUUCCUUUUCCUACGGCUUCUUUCUCCCAUCAAGAUAAGGUUUCGGGGGAGGAAACCGGGAGAAGAAAGCAGAAGACAGCGACAACCCCAGGUGUGGUGGCGCUGUGUGGCCGCUGGAGGCUGCGGAGCCUCCGAACCGACUGGCACUGAGCCUAGUGCUAGCUGAGGCGGUACGUACUUACGUACUCUUUGCCACGUAAGGUAUUCGCAGCACGUCCCUCUUGUACUCCGUGGCACAACUCUGCCGUGCUUGUACCUCCACCCCUGGCGCAAUCCAGGAACCUCAAAACUUUAACAGCGAUCGACGCCAUUUACUCCUUUUCAAAAAAUUAAGAAAGCCGACGCGCGACCUGUUCUUUCGCAUCGCUACGAGUGUCUGACGUU